CUCGAGCCGAGAGAUGCUUGUGAGCUGGAAUCUGAAUCCACAGCGACCAAGUGUGUGUCCACACAGCAACCGGGAAAAAAAUACCAAGAAAAUACAAGAAGAUAUUUAGAAGAAAAAAAACGGCUUUUGGCCCUCCCUUGUGAAUGCGUGUGGAAGACUGAAUUCUCAAACAGUGCCAGACCUAAACAAGAGGACCUCGGUGCCUGUGCGAGUUGAGUCCGAGUUCUCCAUGGAGGAAGAAGUGACGAGAAGGCGUCCUCUUAUCGCUGCCCGGGUGCAGGGGCCCGGACCUGGGCACUAUGCUCUGCCCCCUACCAUCGGCUACAUAAACCAUGACUACACCAAGCCCAGCAGUCCGGCGUACUCGUUUCACCGCCGUAUGAGCAGCAAAAUGCUAUUUGAAGACUCCAGCCCUGGGCCUCAGUACCACGUGGACAGCAAGAUCACUCGCUUUGGAAGAGACGGCACUCCGUCGUAUUCGAUGUUGGGUAGAAAGAAGGCCGGAGCUGUUACGUUCCAAACUCCCGGGCCAGGAUCCUACAGUCCGGAGAAGGCCCCUCCACUAAACUGGCAUUACCGCCCACCCUCCUACACCAUGGGUUCUCGGACACGCUACAGGAUCGUAGAUGCUGUUCCUCCCCCAAACCGCUACACCCUGCCCAACCUGUUGGGCUCGCAUAUUCCCAACAAGCCUUCAAGUGCCUGCUACUCCAUGUCCCGCCGCAUGAAAGUCGGGGCGCCUUCCGAGGACCUGGCGAUGACUCCCGGGCCGGCUUACUACAAUAGAACAGAACCAAGCAUCUACAUGAACAGGCAGCCAUCUUUUUCCAUCCAAAGCCGCCAUAACAUCCCCAGCGAUGCCACGCGCAAACCUGGACCAGGCACUCACUUCCCAGAGAAAGUCACGGCACACUUACCUAAGGCGCCGUCUUUUACCAUGGGGGUGCGCCAUUCAGAGUUUGUCACCCCUUUAGUCAUCGAGUUAACUGAUUAAGGGGAGAAAAUGACUUGUUGGACCUUAUAACCCCUAUGAGGAUACACAAUCUCAUUGUCACUUGUAUGUUUUUACAAUACAAAUGAUAUACUAUGU